GGAGGUUCUCUGACAAAUGAAUGUCGCUACCAAGAGCAGGAAACACUCGAGUGGUGGACACGAGUUUGGAGGAGAUGGACCGGAACCAGAACCAGGACCAGGACCAGAUCCAGGACCAGAUCCAGGACCAGAUCCAGAUCCAGAUCCAGGACCAGGUCCAGGACCAGAUCCAGGACCAGAUCCAGGACCGGGGUCAGAACCAGGACCAGGACCGGGAUCAGAACCAGGACCAGGACCGGGGUCAGAACCAGGACCAGGAGUCCAGCAGCAGGACCAAAGCGGACUCUUCCUCCGCUGGUCUGCAGAAACAUAAAGCCAAAGAGAGAAAAAAUAGGAGGGAUAAAGUCCUCACCACUUCACCAGGUCUGAAGGUCCGAAAGAGGAUUCAUACUGAAGAGAAGCUGUACAGCUGUGAUCAGUGUGGGACAGCUUUUACCCACCAGGGUAAUCUAAGGCGUCAUCAGCGUAUUCACACUGGAGAGAAGCCUUACAGAUGUUAUCAGUGUGGGGCAGCUUUUACCCAUCAAAGUAAUCUAAGGAGUCAUCAGCGUAUUCACACUGGAGAAAAGCCGUACAGAUGUGAUCAGUGUGGGGCAGCUUUUACCCAACAAGGUCAUCUAAGGAGUCAUCAGCGUAUUCACACUGGAGAGAAGCCUUACAGAUGUGAUCAGUGUGGGGCAGCUUUUACCCAUCAAAGUAAUCUAAGGAGUCAUCAGCGUAUUCACACUGGAGAUAAGCCUUACAGAUGUGAUCAGUGUGGGGCAGCUUUUACCGAACAAGGUAGUCUAAGGAGUCAUCAGCGUAUCCACACUGGAGAAAAGCUGUACAAAUGUGAUCAGUGUGGGGCAGCUUUUACCCAACAAGGUCAGCUAAGGAGUCAUCAGCGUAUUCACACUGGGGAUAAGCCUUACAGAUGUGAUCAGUGUGGGGCAGCUUUUACCAGGUCAGGUCAUCUAAGGAGUCAUCAGCGUAUUCACACUGGAUUUAAGCCUUACAGAUGUGAUCAGUGUGGGGCAGCUUUUACCUUGUCAGGUAAUCUAAGGAGUCAUCAGCGUAUUCACACUGGGGCUAAGCCUUACAGAUGUGAUCAGUGUGGUGCAGCUUUUACCGAACAAGGUCAUCUAAGGCGUCAUCAGCGUAUCCACACUGGAUUUAAGCCUUACAGAUGUGAUCAGUGUGGGGCAGCUUUUACCCAACAAGGUGAUCUUAGGCGUCAUCAGCGUAUUCACACUGGAUAAAAAAUUGUCUGUGAUCAGUGUGGGGCAGCUUUUACUUGGAGAGCUCAGUUAAAGGUACCAAUUUAGACAUGUUAUGUUGUCCUGAGAAAAAAAGAAAUCUGGAUUUUUGUUUUCAGUUUCAACUCAAAAAUGUGUUUAAAUUAGAUUUUUCACCAGUGUAUGUUCCAUUGUUACAUCAUUUAAAUAAAAAAAGUUCUCUGUUUGCCUGCUGGAUUUCAGUUUCCUGCUCACUGCAAACUCACAACAAGAAAUAAGUGAAAGACAUACUAUGUUGUCCUGAGAAAAAAAUAAAUUUGGAGUUUUGUUUUCAGUUUCAACUGAAAAAUGUGUUUAAAGGGGACCCAUU